AUGAUAUUACUAUUGGGUUGGGAGUGGUGAGUGCAUGUGCCUAAUGCCUUUUGCCUUCCCUUCCCUUCCCUUCCCUUCCCUUCCCUCUGUUUUCUCCAAAAUCCAAUCUCUCUUUCAUUAUUCAUUAAACCCCCAAUUCUCUCUCUCACCAUGAAUCCCAUUUCCCCGCUUCCUUCUUCUUCUUCUUCUUCUCCUCCUCCUCCUCCUCCUCCUCCUCAAACACCCAUUUGGGUAUAUUCAUACAUCAAGCUCCGAUUCUUCAAUCGAAUCCGAAGGUUUCUUCGUUCCAAAACGCCCAAAAAGCCAUAUGUAUCUCCCAAGGAAUCAAUCCCACCAACCAGUACUGAAGUUCUGCAAGUUGCAGACUGUAAUGGUGGAAUUGGUCGUGGCGCCGAUGUAUCUGCGGCAGCCGCGUUGCGGAUGACGGUUAAGAAGCUUCACUUUGGGAGCUGGGAAGAGAAGGAGAUUGCAGCCAAGAUGAUUGAGAAAAUGUCUAAAGAAGAUGCGAAGGUGAAAAAGUUAAUGGUGGAGCUCCGGGUUAUACCGGCCUUGGUUUCGAUGGUGGCAUCCGACGCCGUGGGGCGGCCGGAAGUGGCUGUGAAACCGUUGCUUGAGCUUGCUAAAGGAAGCUUCGAGAACAAGGCCCUCAUGGUGGAGGCAGGAAUCUUACACAAACUUCCAAGUAACAUCCAAGCCAUGGAUGAAUCAGCAAAACAUGACUUUGCAAGAUUGCUGUUGUCACUGUCGUCUCUGAUCAAUUCCCAUUUCACAACUGCUUUACAGACGAAUGAAAGUGGCAUCCCAUUCCUUGUGGAGAUUCUUGAUUCAACCUCAAAUUUCGAGACCCAAAAAUGUUGCCUUGAAACCCUGUAUAACAUCUCCACAGUGCUAGAAAAUGUAGGACCUCUGGUCUCAAAUGGUGUGGUGCACACCCUCUUGAAAAUGUCCUCAUCGAAAGGCCUUUCAGAUAGAGCCCUCGCAGCAUUAGGGAAUUUGGUGGUGACUUCACAGGGAAAGAAGGCAAUGGAGAGCAGCCCAAUGGUCCCGGAUAGCCUUAUAGAGAUUAUGACAUGGGAGGACAAACCAAAAUCUAUUGAGUUAUCUGCUUAUAUCUUAAUGAUGUUGGCACAUCAGAGCUCAGAACAGAGAGAGAAGAUGGCAAAAUCUGGGAUCGUUGCAGUGCUUCUUGAAGUGGCAUUACUGGGUAGUCCAUUAGCUCAAAAGAGGGCUCUAAAGCUAUUGCAGUGGUUUAAGAAUGAGAAGCAAGCAAAAAUGGAUCCACAUUCUGGGCCACAAACAGGAAGAAUAGUGAUUGGGUCGCCUGUAAAUCAAAGAGAAGUUCGGGAAGGGAGAAAAAUGAUGAAGAAUUUGGUGAAACAGAGCUUGUAUAAGAAUAUGGAGUUGAUUACUGGGCGAGCUAGUGCGGGAGACCCAGCAAAGCUAAAGAACUUGGUUAUUAGCACCAGUUCCAAAAGUUUACCUUUCUGAUGUUAAUUUCUGUGCUCCAUAUUUUUUUUUUCAAUCAGAAGCACAAAAAUACUCUUCAGCAACGACCCUAAGAUUGCAGAAGAUGAUUAGACUUAGAAGAAAGUGGGCAUUCUUCUGGAGAAGCAAGAAAAGAAUUUGCUUAAGGGAGCCUCAUUUUUGUUGUACAGCUCUGAUCAUGUGGAAAAAUAAAAGAAGAAGACCUAUGAAUUUUUUGGUUCCAUUAUUCUUUGUAAGAAUUUAGCUUUAAAAAACUCAGCGUGAGUUUUUAAUCUAUUGCUCUUCUUGUUGUCAUCAAAUUUUAUCUUUUUAGAAAUUUAGGUAGGUAUUUUAUAAAUAUGUUUAAAUA